UAUUGUAUCACUCUAUUCACAAUCCUAUCUCACACUCAGUUAGUUUUCCUUCUCUAACAGUUUCCACCUUACACAGGUUCUUGCUUUCACACAUUUUGCUGUAAUUUCCUAUAUCUUCCUCCCACACCCUAGUCAAAUCCUAUCCAUUCUUCACAACUUAGUUUUUAAAUUGUUUUCUCUGACCACUGCAACCCACUGUAAUCUUUCAGAUCUUCAACUUUAUGAACACUUCUAUCAUUUUUCUCUUUUGUUCCUUAUUUUCUGUGUGACUUAUUUAUAAUUUAACCAUAUAUGACUUGUGGAUAUUUAAUAUUAACUAAGUUUUUUAAAUUUAAAUUAUUUUUAAAUUUAAAUUUUAAGCUACUUUGAGAUAGAAGUCAUUUAACAGUUGUAUACCACGAAGAAGGUAUCUCAGUGCCCAGCGAAUGCCAUAGUAAGUGGAGAACGAUUGAUUAUUCCUCUGAUGUUGGUCUGUAUCUUCCUAGACAGUAAUAGUAAUUUUUUGAUUCCAGGAGAGCUUCUGAAACUAAAGAAGACACUUUCCAAAGUAGAACUGGGUUUUCCCGUAAUGUGUUCUAUCCUGAGAUGGAAACAGAAUCUAAGAAAGCUGUAGCUCAGAACCUUCAGACACUAGAGGUGGAUGAUGGACUUCUGAUAAUGAAGGUAGACGGGGAAGAUUUUACCUGGAGGCAGGACACUACUUUACAGAGAAGUGAUCCCCUCAGGCAGGAGCUUUGCCAGCAGCUUUUUAGGUAGUUCCACUACCAGGAUUCCCCAGGGCCCCAUCAGGUGCUGAGCGGGCUCCAGGAGCUCUGCUGUCAAUGGCAGAUCCUGGAGCUGCUGGUGCUGGAGCAGUUCCUGACCAUCCUGCCUAAGGAUCUCCAGGCCUGGGUGCAUGAACAUUACCCAGAGAGUGGAGAGGAGGCAGUGACAAUACUAGAUGAUUUGGAAAGAGGCACUGAUGAAGCAGUACUCCAGGUGCCAGCCCAUGGACAUGGACAAGAAAUAUUCAGGAGAAAGGCGGCGUCUCUAAGACCGGUACUUGGUGUCCAGUUCCAGCUAGUAGAGACCAAGGACCUUUAUGGGUUUUCAGAACCGCAUCUCCUAUGUUCCAGAUUCAAGAAACUAACUGAGAACAUACACUGCAAUGACAAUUCAAAAGCCAUGCCCAAAGGAAAACCUGGCUAUGACCAGCUUCACAAAUUGUGCCCAGUUAUCAAUGCUCUCAAUAGCUGCCUAAAGGAGGAUAUCACUAGUGUCAAAAGAAAGAACAAAGAUGGUUCCUCCUAUGAAAUCCGUUGCCCAAGAGCAGUUGCAGAAUACAACGCAAUUACAGGAGGAGUGGACCGCUUUGACCAGAGGCGUGAAAGGCUCACCCUAGAAGUCCCUAAGUCAGCCAUUAGGGCCCGGGAAGUGAAGGUGUUUCUAAAAGAUGCCAAGUGGUCCAUUGGAGGUGGAAUGGCUACCGUGCUCCUUCCACUGGCUCCCAAAGAGCUUAAGGGGCUCUUCAAAGUAAACAACAAAGAAGGGCCUGGCAGGGGCCAGGGAUCCAGCCCACAAGGGAGCAGCCCAAACAACCAGGAGUUAUUCCGCCAGCGCUUCCGACAGUUCUGCUACAAAGAGACUCCUGGGCCCCGUGAGGCCUUGAGCCAGCUCUGGAUACUCUGUUGUGAGUGGCUAAGGCCUGAGAUGCAUACCAAGGAACAGAUGUUGGACUUGCUAGUGUUGGAGCAGUUCCUGACCAUUCUACCUGAGGAGCUCCAGGCCUGGAUGCGGGAUCAUCAUCCAGAGAGCGGGGAGGAGGCAGUAGCUAUGCUGGAGGAUCUUGAGAGGGAGCUGGAUGAACCAGGACAGCAGGUUUUGGCUGAGGCCUGUGCACAGGAAGUGCUUUCUGAGACAUCGGUGCCAUCGGUGCCAGCUAAGCAAGCAAGAUAUCUCCUGCUUCAACCUCUGGAGACCCAGACCAAGAGUGAGUCUCAGGAUGAACACCAUCAGGAUUGUGAUGGUGUGAUCAGAACUGAUAAAGGGGAGUUGACUCAAAAGCAGGAACUUACUGCAGAUGUGCAAUCCCAAGAAAAAUUACCUGGCCAAAUCAAUGGAGAGAGUACUGAAUGUGGAGAGACCCAGGAACAUGAAAUAUGGUUAGAAAGACAUCAGAGAAACACUUCAACUGAGAGACGAUGUAAGUGUGAUGAAUGUGGGAAAAGAUUCACUCAAAAGUCAAGCCUCAUUAGACAUAAGAGAAUCCAUAGUGGAGAGAGACCCUUUUCCUGUAAUAAAUGUGGCAAAGCUUUCAUACAGAGCUCACAACUUAUUGACCAUCAGAGAAUGCACAGCCGAUUAAAACCGUAUCAGUGUGAUGAGUGUGGCAAAGCCUUUUAUUACAGUUCACACCUCGUUCAGCAUCAAAGGACCCAUACUGGUGAGAAACCUUUCCAAUGCAAUGAGUGUGGGAAAGCUUUUCAUUACAGCUCAGGCCUUAUUCGACAUCAGAGGACCCACACAGGAGAGAAACCAUACCAGUGUAAUGACUGUGGGAAAGCCUUCUGCCUGAGCUCACAUCUGAUACAACAUCAGAGAGUUCAUACUGGAGAGAAGCCAUACCAGUGUAGUGAGUGUGAGAAAAGCUUCAGCCAGCGCUCAGGCCUCUUCCAUCACCAGAGAAUUCACAGUGGGGAGAAACCCUAUGAAUGUGAUGAAUGUGGAAAGGCCUUCAGUCAUAGUUCAGCUCUUGUCGGACACCAGCGAAUCCACAGUGGAGAGAGGCCCUAUGAGUGUGAUGUGUGUGGGAAAGCAUUCAGUUACAGCUCACAUCUUCUGGGACACCGAAGAAUCCACACUGGAGAGAAGCCCUAUGAAUGCGCUGUGUGUGGAAAAGCUUUCCGGCGGAGCUCACACCUCAUUGUACAUCAGCGAAUCCACUCUGGAGAAGAGCCCCAGUGAUGUCAAGAGUGGUGCAGAAUUUUUCAUCUGUGCUCAUUUCUGUGGAACAGAAAAGCACAACUAGAAAAGAAUGCUACCAAUACAACGAUGUAGGGAAAUCUGUGAUUACUAUUGCAAUUUUAGCAGCCCUUUCAAAAUACAUAUGUAGGCUGAGAUAGGCAAGCACCUGAAAGCUUGCCAAACAAGACUUUCUGAUUCUGUGCCACUAGGCAUAUCAUUUGCUGAACUGGGGCUUUGGAGGGGCUCAUUUCAUACUCUCAAACUUAUCUUCUCUGAAGCAGGUGCUCAGGCAUCUAAAAGUUAUUAGAUAUAUAACUGGGUAUUUUAGAGAUUACUGCUGUUCUCUUCCUCACCUUUUCCUCCUAUUUAUUUUCUUCGGAGUUGGAGUAAUUAAUAAUCUUGUCCAGAGUGUGAAUAGAAUUAACACCUGACCGACAUGGGAAACAAAUGUGAAUUUUGUGUUAAUUUGAUAAAAUACAUAAGCCUGUCAAUUAUCUAUACUAAAAAUGCUGUGAAAUACAAAAGCCAUUUUGUAAUAUUGAAGUGAACUAUGAUUUGUGAGGUUGGGAUGGUUCAGUGGGGGUGGAGCAAGAUGAUUUAUCAUGCAAAUUUCCAGUACCCUUUCACGUAAACCAGAGAUGGUAAACAGGUCAAAUGGGCUAUAUCUGACCCACAGAAGCUUUUUUCUUUUUGACCACACAUUAUUUUUUAUAUUUAUUGCAGCUAUUUAAGAAUCAGAUUUCACAUAACAUCUGAUUUUCCAGAUUUUCUUACAAACUGAGCACCACAUUCUCACACGGCAACAGUUGACUGGAGCUGACGAUCACUACUCUCCAGUUUGACAUGGUCCCCAUUGCCACACAGCUUCCUAUGGGUUUAUAUUAUCCCCCCUUUAUUCAUUCACUGUGUGAAUCCCGCCCCAGCUUUAGGUGUUUCUUAGAGGAACUUGAGGGCUUCAAGGCCCUCACCACCAAAGCAGCUUCACAUUAGUUUUAUAUAUUGGCCUUCCAAUUAAGAUUUUCUUUGGAGAAACAGUUUUGCUGCUGACAACAGAUUUUAAUAUUUAGAUAAAUACAUUUGUAUUCUUUGAGCACAUGAAGGUAGAGGAAAGCCACUUUAACGUUUUCCUUGGACAGAAUUUGUAGGUAAUCUACUGAAAGUCAACUGUAAUACUUACAGCAGAAUCCUUAGAGUCUAGUCCUCUGGGUGAGAAGAAAAACACAAAAACAUAUGAAGGGAGUAACAUUAAGUGUAAAAGUGAGAAAAUCUGACGCCAAAAGCAGAGACUCCAUUAGGGAAAAGAAUGAUUGAGAUUUGAAGCAUUUAGUAGUAGGAGCAGUUGUGGGAAAGCAGUAGGAUGAGGGAGAAUGGGAGUGGGAAAAGGUGGAAAAAGCAGCAAAGAAAAAGGGAAGGGUGGGGAUAAACUCUAUGAGGGAAGGAAAGCAAAAAGUUAGGGGGAAAUGAUGUUGAGACAAGGGGAAUGGUUAGAAGAGCCAGAAAAAAUAAACCGAAGAGGAAACAGAAGCAAAGUUACAUAGUAGGUAAAAAGAAGCAACCUUUAAGAAACUUGAGAACAUGGGGGAAGGGGUUCUAGAGCACCUGAUGUUCUUUUUAUCACUGACCUCUCAGUGACUUGAGAGUAAUUCAAGGCAUAAUCAACCCUAUAUGUCUGUGCCAGGUAGCCCAAGUACCUAAUAUGAAAGAUCCUAACCCAAACUGAGUCCACUAUUCCUUGGGUGUCACUCAGGAUCUACCUUCUCAGGAAAACUAACCAAACAGAACGGUUCUCCCAAGGAGCAAAAAUAUAUUCUUGGAUUUUCUCGGGGAGACACUUGGGAUGCUCUUUUGUGGGAAGAAACUUGACUAUUUCCUAAAGGAGGAACAUUAUGUUGCAAGAUUAUAAUGCCCAUUAUAUUGUAAACUAUAACAAUGGUAGCUACCAUUUGUUGCGUACUUACUGUGUCCUAGACACUGUAGUAAGCAGCUCAUAUAUAUUGCAUGAAAAUUUCCUCAACCUUUCUGUAAGGUAAGCACUAUUAUCCAACAAUAUGUAGAUAAAAAUUAUAUUUAUGAAAAAUUUAUAAUAAAGUGUUAAUUACAUUAAAAUGUUAAGCUGCCUAUUGAAGUGUUUUAGAAUAUAAUCAAACUAUGUAAAACAUUGAAAAUAUUAAAAAUUGGAAGGAAAUGACAAAUGUCAAUAAUUACUGUAUUUAGGUGAUGAAAACGGAGUAAUUCUCCCCUUUUAUUCUACUUCUUUGU